AUGACUACAACUUCAAAUACGAAUAUUCCGAAACGAAAACCCAUAGAAACUUUUAAAAUGAAGAGUGAAGAUUUGUCUGAUGAUAAGGACUAUUGCCAUGAGAUCUCAAAAGAGACAAAUAGCGAUUUCAAAAGUAUCUCAAAGAAGCUCCUGAGCUCCUUCUGGAAGCAAGUGAGUACGCGCGAGGGAUGGAUAGGCGAAUACAACUACGCUCAUUUGUUCACCCCAGAUAUAUGGCCUUUCAACAAAAAUUUCGAAAAUUACCAACCGCCUUAUUUUGGGAUAAAUGACAAAAUCCCAAUUCUACUAACGAUCAUACUUGGACUUCAGCAUUGUCUGACACUAAUAAUCAGUCUUGUUUCUGUCCCUCUGAUCAUGGGAAGCGCUUUAAAUUUUGAUCUCAAGCAAACCCAGCAUUUGGUCACAUGUACGUUGAUAACUGCGGGUAUCGCUAGCUUUGCACAAAUCACCAGGUUUCACAUUUACAAGACCCCGUAUUACGUUGGUACUGGUCUUCUUUCUGUGGUGGGGCCUACAUUUGAUGUGCUCGGGAUUGUAUACGCCUAUGCUCCUAAGCAGUAUGCAAAAGGGCUUUGUGAAAUUGAUUCAGACGGCAACUAUCUCCCAUGUAUGCAUGGAUAUGGCGCAAUCUUGGGCACUAUGCUGUGUACCGUAUGGAUACAAGUUCUGGUUGCAUUCAUCCCGCCUCGAUACCUUAAGAAGAUUUUUCCAAAUAUGGUCACAGGAAGCUUGUUAGUUCUUCUUUCUGUAUACCUUGCAGGAAAUGGCAUGAAAAACUGGGGAGGUGGUAGUGGAUGCAUGGAUUCCAGCGCUGGUUGUACCAUAGGCUCUUACACUGAACCUUGGGGUUCCCGGAGAUUUAUCGGGUUAGGGGUUCUCACUUUCACAUCCAUUCUCAUUGUCAAUUUCAUUGGAUCACCCUUGAUGAAGAGUUCAUCAAUUAUUUUCGGCCUGAUCAUUGGAUGUAUGGUCGCCGCUGCAUGUGGCUACUGGGAUGCUUCUGGAAUUCGUUCAGCACCUGCAGCAGACUUCAUGUGGACCGAGAAUUAUACGUAUUCAGUGGAUGGUACACUGGUUUUGCCAUUCUUACUGAUGUUCAUCGUUGAGGGAAUUAGCUGUAUUCCUGAUAUCCUCGCAACAGCCGAAGCAAGUCACCAAGAAGUAGAUGGAGAGACUUUUCAGUCUCGUGUCCAAGGAGGAAUAAUGUGUGAUGCAUUAGGGAGUUUGCUUGGAGCUGUAGGUGGUGGAAUGCCUAUGGUGUCCCAAGCUGCUAAUAACGGAGUCAUUUUGCUUACCGGAUGUGCAUCGCGAAGAGCUGGGUGGUUUGCCGCAUUCUUGCUAAUACUGCUAGGUCUAUUCUCCAAGAUUGCAGCUACAUUUUGCUCUCUACCUUCCCCAGUCUUCGGUGGGAUGCAAAUAUUUUUGUUCGGAACCAUGGGAAUCGCUGGUAUUAAAGUUCUUUCCACAGUUCCUUGGACCCGAAGAAACAGAUUUAUCUUGACGGCCGGAUUAGGAUGGGGUUUUUCUGGUUGUGUGGUUCCAGGAUGGUUUGAUUUGGUUAUCAAUUAUCAAGGUUCGAACCAAUCUCUCGCUGGAUUUGUUGAAGGGAUUGAGCUAAUUGUCGAAACACCAUUUAUUUUUGGUGCUAUAAUCGUCUUCAUACUAAAUCUAUUGAUGCCGGAAGAUACUCAGUCAGGUGGUACCUGUUCGAACAACGGCAUUGCCGAAAGAGACGCCACGUCUCUUAUUGUGUGA